UUCUUCUUUUACUUGGCUCGAUAACCGAUGGCAGAGAAUGUCCACGACUAAUAACAUAGCCCAGGCCAGGAAGUUGGUGGAGCAGCUGAGGAUCGAGGCAGGCAUCGAGCGUAUUAAGGUGUCGAAGGCUGCUGCAGACCUCAUGAGUUACUGUGAGCAGCACGCCCGCAGCGACCCUCUGCUGGUCGGGGUUCCCACCUCAGAGAACCCGUUCAAAGACAAGAAGCCUUGCAUCAUUCUAUAGCUACUCUGUCUAGCCCAGCUAUCUCAGUCCCACUUAACCGAUGCCCAUCCCCAAUGGGCGAUUCAGUCCAACAGUUAUUUUUACCUGGGAUCCACAGUAUUCUCCAGAAAAUAAACGCCACACUCUCUCGGUAAAAAACAAAAAGGGGCAAUAUCUGUAUACCUAGCGUUCAUGUAGCCUGGCGUUGAGUGAAUCUAUAUGAAUGAAUCCACACAUUCAUGCAUAUAGACGCACUUAACAGGAGGUGGCAGAUUUCGAAUUUGUAAACUAUUUCAAAAGCUUGCACAGAGACUGAGCGACGCUCCAGCAUAUUUUUCAGUGCAGCGGCUGACCUUGUUACCAUAGGUGAUGGAGGAGAGUAGAGGAAGACAGUCAUGUUUCUGCUGACUGACUAGCUGGCUAGCCCAGUCACACUGUGGUAAAUGGUUGUUCAGUAUUAACCCUGCAUUGUUACGUUGAAUCUGCAAGCUAAGGGUUCAUUUUAGAUUUGUAUGGCCAAAACUGAAUCCAGGUAUGCUUACCUUUAUCAAAAAAAACAAACAACAAAAAAAGGAAAAAAGAAAAAAACAGCACAUUUCAUGUUUUACAAAGGGAUUCAAGACAUUAACCAGAGUUGCCAAUAUUUUUACGUUUUCUUUUCUUCUCAGUCUGUUUGUGAGCUGUAGUUUUACUUUUCAUUGAUUAAAAGCUCAUUAGGCUUAAA